GCCGUUGCUUUGUUGUUGUUUGCUCGCAUCUCGUUGUGGUAGUCCAUCAUUCAGUUAAUGAACGCGCUCGCAUUCGCACUCGCGCCACACCUCCCCUCUCGUCGCAGUCAGCAGCGCCCCCGCAUGCCAACAACGCUUCGUAACGUGUUUACGUUUCUCUAAGCCAACGUGUGUUUCUGCGCCCGUGUCUUGCGCGCGCGCGUCUGUGUGUGUGUGUGCGCUUAAUUCGCGCAUUGUAUCUAGCUAACUAACUGGCUGGCUGGCUAGCCUCUGGGCCUGGCUGGGAAAAAGACAGGAGACGGAGAAAAAAAAAACAAAAAAAGACAGUUAUGCCCUGCUGCGUCGCGCCAAUAAUAAAAACAAGCUACAUAGCUGACGCCGUCUCGUUGUCGUCGACGUCGACGUCGACGUUGUCGUUGUCGUUGUCGUCGUUUGCCUCUCUCGCGUCUGUCGAUCGUUGAUCGUUGUGUGUGUUUUGUCUUCUGUUUCGUUUUGUUAGUGUAUGUCGUGGUGUCGUUUAUUGUUGUUGCUGGUGCCGCCGCCGCUGCUGCUGCUGCUGUUGCUGUUGUUGUUACGCGCUGUGACUGACUUGUUCAAUGAUUUAGUAAAAUAUUCAUAGCUCAUUCCAAAACUUGUUCUUGUGCCUGCUGCAAAUACGACAAAAUAUAACGCGCUACGAAAUUCAAUUUCUAUGUAUCUAUCAAAUUCAUAUAUAUAUUAUAUAUAUAUAUUCGUAAUGUUUUCGAUGUGUAGCAGUAGUUAACAAUUGUUUGUGUUGUGUUGUUUUGUUUAUUUAUUUACAUUUUUUUUUUUUUGCUAUUUUAUUGUUAUUUGUUGUAAUUAUACACACAACAUCUGUAUGCUUACCUAGCUAUCAAUCAAUCAAUCAAUCAGUCAAUCGAUCAAAGUCUUUCAAACCGUCGGCGUGUGUCUCCUGCGCCUACUUCCCACUCACUCACUCUCUCGCUCUUUGUCUGUCACUCGUGUGCAAUUCGAAUACGCCGCCAAGCCAGCCACCCCCCCCAAACGUCCACCCACAAAUUGCGUGAGCCCUUUUUAUCACGCACAAACAAACAAAAAAAAAAAAAAAACAUUAACAAUUGUAUUUGGAAUAAUAAAUAAACUGUAUAUCACAAUGGAGGUGUGGCGAUCGCUAACGGUUGGCGCAUUUCUAGCAUUGGGAUUUGUUUGCUUCUAUGGCAUGGUGGAGUCGUGCAAUGAAGUCGUCUGCGCCUCGAUAGUGUCCAAGUGCAUGUUGACGCAGAGUUGCAAAUGCGAGCUUAAGAAUUGCUCCUGCUGCAAAGAGUGCCUCAAAUGUCUGGGCAAAAAGUACUAUGAGGAGUGCUGUAGUUGUGUGGAACUUUGUCCCAAACCCAACGACACACGCAACUCACUGUCCAAAAAAUCUCAUGUUGAGGACUUUGAUGGGGUGCCAGAGCUAUUCAAUGUGCUAGCUACCACUGAGGAUAGUGAAAGUGAUUUUUGGGAUGUUUUCACAUUUCAAGUGGAUUGGUCCAGGGGCAAGCCAAAACUGGAUAAAGACGAGAAAUACUAUUUGAAAUUCAAUGACAAAAAUCUAGAUGAGGCACGUGAGGAACGUGAUAAUACGCUGACAGUCAAUUGUACGGUUAUAUAUUUGGAUCAGUGCGUAUCCUUAAAUAAAUGCCGUCAAAGUUGUCAAACAAUGGGCGCUAGCAGCUAUAGAUGGUUCCACGAUGGAUGUUGUGAGUGCGUAGGAUCUACGUGCAUUAAUUAUGGAGUCAACGAGAGUCGUUGCCGACAUUGUCCAGAAUCGAAAGAGUUGGGCGAUGAUUUCGACGAUGAAAUCGAUGAGGAUAUGCAGGACUAUGGCGACAGUAUGGGUCCAUUUGAUGGCUCAGUGAAUAGCAAUUAUUGAUAACAGCGAACAAAUGCCAUUUAAAGAACAACAAAAUUUAACAAAUUAGUUACUCAAUUCAGUGACAUUAUUAUUGUGUAGUACGAAGUAAUUUUGUAUAGCAUUAUUAUUAUUAUUAUUUUUUUUUAUAUAAAUAUAUAUAUAUAUAUAUAUAAAUAUAUAAAAUAUUAAAGAAUAGGACCUUUUGAUUGUUUUUCAUUUUGAGCAGCCCGAGAUAUUUUUUAAAACCGAAAAUAAAGAUUAUACAGAAAAAUGAAA